AUGGUGUUCAGGAGACUGCAGACGAACCGUAAAAGUUGGGCGUGCUCACUUCCUCCGCAUCACCCCUAUGAUUGCGCCAUAGAUUUUCUACCAGGGGCUCCGCUACCCUCCAGCCGCCUCUACAACAUCUCGAGGUCUGAACGUCAGGCGCUCGAGAAGUACAUAGGUGAGUCCCUUUCAGCUGGAUUAAUUGGCCCUUCCUCCUCUACUUUAGGUGCGGGUUUCUUUUUUGUCGGAAAGAAAGAUGGAUCCCUCCGGCCUUGUAUCGACUACCGAGGGCUAAAUAAGAUAACGGUUAAGAAUAAAUACCCGCUUCCUCUGUUGUCUUCUGCCCUAGAACCAGUCCAGAAUGCCUUCAUCUUUGCUAAGCUCGACUUGCGUAAUGCUUAUCAUUUGGUUCGGGUUUGACAGGGAGACGAAUGGAAGAGGGCUUUUAAGACCCCACUGGGUCACUUUGAAUACCUGGUUAUGCCUUUUGGCUUAUGUAAUUCUCCAUCCGUCUUCCAAGCAUUAGUUGAUGAUGUCCUACGGGAUUUUUUGAACGUCUUUGUGUUCGUCUAUUUAGACGAUAUUUUGAUUUACUCUAGUGAUCCAGAUCAGCACCAACAACAUGUUCGCUUCUUAGAAAACCGCUUGUUCGUCAAAGCAGAGAAAUGCGAGUUCCAUCAGAGCUCUGUUUCCUUUCUCAGCCUCAUUUUAGAAGCUGUCUCCGAGGGUCCGGUCUCUCCCUCGGCCUCUGCCUCGGCCUCUGCCUCGGCCCCUGCACCUGCUGCCGAGGGGGGUCCGGCCUCUGGCUCGGUCCCUGCACCCGCUGCUGAGGAGGGUGCGGUGCACGCCAGCCCGGCGUCCAACGAGGGUGCGGCGCACGCCAGCCCGGCGUCCAACGAGGGUGCGGCGCACGCCAGCCCGGCGUCCAACGAGGGUGCGGCGCACGCCAGCCCGGCGUCCAACGAGGGUGCGGCGCACACCACGGCCCAAACCUGCUUGGGUCCUGCCGCUGCUCUGCUAGUCACUCAGAGCCCUCCCACUUUACUGGCAUCAGAGGGUCCUGCCACGUCAGCCACCGAGGUCUUUAUUGAGGGUGGUUUCCCCUGGUCUUCUGUCGCCGGAGGCCUGACUGGCGUUGCUGCUCCGGCUGCCGAGGGUCCAGCACUGGCCCCCACACCUCAGUCCUGCGAGGAGGCGGUCCUGGGGAACCCGCCUCCAGCCGGCGUUCCUCAGUCCUGCGAGGGGGCGGUCCAGGGGGACCCGCCUCCAGCAGGCGCUCCUCAGUCCUGCGAGGGGGCGGUCCAGGGGGACCCGCCUCCAGCCGGCGUUCCUCAGUCCUGCGAGGGGGCGGUCCAGGGGGACCCGCCUCCAGCCGGCGCUCCUCAGUCCUGCGAGGGGGCGGUCCAGGGGGACCCGCCUCCAGCCGGCGCUCCUCAGUCCUGCGAGGGGGCGGUCCAGGGGGACCCGCCUCCAGCCGGCGCUCCUCAGUCCUGCGAGGGGGCGGUCCAGGUGGACCCGCCUCCAGCCGGCGCUCCUCAGUCCUGCGAGGGGGCGGUCCAGGGGGACCCGCCUCCAGCCGGCGCUCCUCAGUCCUGCGAGGGGGCGGUCCAGGGGGACCCGCCUCCAGCCGGCGCUCCUCAGUCCUGCGAGGGGGCGGUCCAGGGGGACCCGCCUCCAGCCGGCGCUCCUCAGUCCUGCGAGGGGGCGGUCCAGGUGGACCCGCCUCCAGCCGGCGCUCCUCAGUCCUGCGAGGGGGCGGUCCAGGUGGACCCGCCUCCAGCCGGCGCUCCUCAGUCCUGCGAGGGGGCGGUCCAGGGGGACCCGCCUCCAGUCCUGCUCCGUCGCCGGCCGCCUCCAGUCCUGCUCCGUCGCCGGCCGCCUCCAGUCCUGCUCCGUCGCCGGCCGCCUCCAGUCCUGCUCCGUCGCCGGCCGCCUCCAGUCCUGCCCUUGUCCUGUCUCGCAAUGAACUUCAUCACAGGUCUGGCAGUCUCUGAGGGGAACUCAGUCAUCCUCACUAUUGUGGACCGGUUUUCCAAAAUGAUCCACCUAGUCCCGCUGCCCAAACUACCUUCUGCAAAAGAGAUGGGCAACAUCCUGGCCCAGGAGGCUCGGGCCGCUAAUCGCCGGCGGGUCCCAGCCCCGCAUGACCAACCUGGAGACAAGGUCUGGCUCUCCACCAAGGAACUGCCGUUAAAGGUGGAGAGCAAGAAGCUGGCACCUCGUUUCAUCGGGCCCUUCCUGAUCUCCAAGAGCGGAUCCCAGAUGCCUAUUAGUGUCCAUGAAAAAGAAAACAACCUGGCCAGGGCAGGCGAAGCGGGUCUCGGAAGGAGGGAAAAAGGUCAAUACAAAGUUCAGGAGAUGGGAGAUCGCUGGAGAACUCAGAGCGACUGCUUGGGAGUACUGGACAGCGACGGCUUGGGGGCGCUGGACAGAGAGUCUGAUGCGGGCGCUGGGGAGGGCGACCCUUAUGGAAAAAAGCUGCAGAGUGUUCGUUUAGACGAUUCUGGGGACCUCUGCACAGCUUGCAGGAAAAGUGGCUUUCAGGUUCACUUCUUGAGCUCAGACGUCUCCUCUCGUGCUCCCGUGAUCCCUCUCGUGCUCCACUGGUUUCCCUCUGAGUCGGCUCCCCCUUCUCCGGACCCAAGCUCCCCACGGACACCUGUCUUCUCCACCGUGUGCAAGGGCUGA